AUGCUCUGCUCUAGCUGCCGCCGUACAUUCCUUACCCGAUUCCGCUCCCUCCAAAUCCACGCCUCACCCAGCAGCGUACGGUCCGUCGCAACAGUCCCAUCGACUCCCAACGCCGCACCGAUCCAAGCCCCUCCCUCGAUCUCGAUAGAAGGCGCCCAAACGACCACAUCCUCCAAAACCCCCGGAAAAUCGCAACCACUCUCCGAACCACACACCCCAUCCACAUCGACCGCAACCUCAAUCCCGCACCCAUCCAAAAAACCAGCUUCCAAACCGAAGAGCUCCGUACCAGGCGGCGUAGAACUCAAGGGGCUAGCCUAUACCAAAGCCCUGCCGCGCAUCACGGCAAUGGAAGACGACGAGUACCCGUCCUGGCUGUGGACGUUACUUGACGACAAGAAUGCCGCGACGGGGGAAUUGAAGGUUGAUUUAGCAUCAAUGACUAAGAAACAGCGCGCCCGUUAUGACAAGAAGCAGGAGCGCCUGCUCGCAAACAUACCCAAGACUGUGCCGCUGCACGAACAAUCCCGCGAUCUUACGGGGCCUGGCGACGACGCUGUGACGAGUUUGCAGCGACGGCAAGAGAUUACCAAGUCGGCGAGAGCUGCGAGGAGGAGGGAUAUUCGCGAGGGCAAUUUCUUGAAGUCGAUGUAA